AUGGUGUACAUUGGAAUCCCCAAGAAUUAUACGACUUCACCGUCCUCAUUUAUCGGGACCCCGUCUCUGACUAUCAAUCAUGAAGCUGUCGUUGAUCUCGACAGUUCCAAUGCAUUCGAAGGUCCCGAGAAAUUACUAGAGGUCUGGUUCGGUCCCGCCGCCGACAAUCUACUCGGCGGAACUGAACCUUUGGGUCUCAAGGCCGUUCCUACCGAAAUAUGGAAGGACAUGCUUGACUUGGUGAAUUGUAAGGUGCUGUCAAUUGUUGAGUCGGACGAUGUCGAUGCCUACCUAUUGUCCGAAUCCAGCAUGUUUGUCUGGCGCCACAAGCUUAUUUUGAAGACUUGUGGCACUACGACCUUGCUGUCAGGUCUCCCGCGCAUCCUGGAGAUUGCUGCCUUGUUCGCUGGAUUCCCCAAGUCCACCGCGCCUUCUUGUCGUGGCCUCACCGUUGCGGCUGCCCCCUAUCGUGUCUUUUACAGCCGGAAGAAUUUUCUCUUCCCCGAUCGUCAGCGGGGCCCGCAUCGAAGCUGGCGCGAUGAAGUUAAGAGUAUGGACAAAUUGUUUGCCAACGGCAGCGCUUACAUGAUUGGCAAAAUGAACGGCGAACAUUGGUAUCUUUACCUGACCGAACCUCAUACAUCGUUGACACCACCAGCGAGCCCACCUCCUGAAACCCAGACUCGGGUCAUCAACAUCCCGGAGGAUCUCGAUAGCAAGCGAGCGAAUUCUGAGUCUUACGAACAAAACGACGAAACUCUCGAAAUUUUGAUGACGGACCUGGAAGAGGAGAAUGCUGAGCAAUUCUACCUCGACCAUGCGAGUGCGGUCGCAGAUCUCCGUUAUCGGAAAAUCGAGAAGGAAAAAGAUGAGCUUGUUGACGUGUUUAGCAACACGUCUUCAGACAUGAGCGAUAUAGACUCCGACGGGGAGCAGCAACGCUCCCUGCCACCAGAACUGACAACCGAAGGUCACGCCCUGGGCACUGUCGUGUCGGAGUCGUGCGGUUUGUCCGAUGUCUAUCCGACUAGCAAGUAUCCUGAGUCUCGCAUCGACGCCUACCUUUUCACGCCAUGUGGCUUCUCUGCCAACGGUGUGGUGCCCGCGCCCGACGGCAAAUCUGGCACUCACUACUUUACCGUGCACGUAACGCCAGAGCCUCAAUGCUCCUACGCAUCCUUUGAGACUAACGUGCCUCAUUCCCAGAGCGGAAGGGAAACGGCAGACAUUGUCAAACAUGUCGUGGACAUCUUCAAACCCGGCCGUUUCACUGUUACUCUAUUUGAAGCAAAGCCGGGCUGCCUCUCGGAUGAUGCUCUGAGCGCAAGCAAGUACGACCGCGCGGCUAUCCUCCGGGCCCAGAAGAUGGAGAACAUCCCUGGAUAUCGUCGUGUGGAUCGUAUUGUCCAUGAUCUUGAUGGAUAUGACCUGGUCUUCCGAUACUACGAGCGAAAUGACUGGAAGGGAGGUGCUCCACGGAUUGGAGAACUAUGA